AUCAGGGUUGCCGUUCUACGGUCUGAUUUGAGGGUCAGUCACACUGAACACCAUGCUUGAUAAACUGAAAUUCAAUAAUUUGGUAAUUACCAACAAGAAAGUCAUCCAGCAAGCACGUGCACAAACGGUUUCCAAGCUUGUGCAGAAGCUAAGGAAGGUGAAAGAUGUCCUGACAAAACAUCCGGACAAUGAGAAACACAAGGAACGCUUGCGCAAAAGCAGCGAAUGCGUGGCCCAGCUGAAGGCUUUAAAGAGUCUGGACAUUAUGCGCCAGCUGCUCCUACAGGAUGGCAAAAAUCCCAACGCUGUACUCACAAAUGGCCGGUCAACUCCAGACGAGGUGGUUCUGGCCAUGCUGGCGCUUAACAAACUGAUGAAAGCUCUGGUUGAUACCUUUCGCCAGACUUUGGGCCUGGACAGUGAUAAGGAUUCCAGGUGGCGUGAAGAGAUUCUGGAAACGAGCAAGAGGCGCGUGAAGUUGGAACGCACUGAGACGAAGAAGAAACAGCGCAAAGAACUGAAAGAGCAGAAGGCACAGACGCGCAAUCGACUAGAAUGGCUGGAAAAGAACAAAGUGGGCACCGUGGGUGGAACUGAUGUAACAGAAACAGAUGUAUUGCCUGCGACAGAGUCAGCGAUUGAGGAGGUAGAAACAGCAGAAGAACAAAAACAGAAACCCAAGCAAGAAAAACCUCUGCGUAAUCCCAAAGUGCCCUCGGUAAAGAAAGAGGAGAAGUCAAAGCUUCGGGAAGAACGGAAACAGAAACCCAAACCAGAAAAACCUCUGCGUAAUCCUAAAGUGGCAUCGGUAAAGGAAGAGGAGAAGCCAAAGCAGCGGGAAAAGAAGCAGCCGCAAAAGGAAAAGCUCGAAAUUAAACCAAAACCCAAACCCAUCGACAUCAAAGAAAAGCCACGCAAGCGAGAACAGGAAAAGGAGGCGAGCAUUGAAAAGGAGGUCAACGAUGAAAAGGAUCGUCCAACGCAUGUCAUAGAUCCAUUUUUCAUCACGGAAUCUGGUCAGCCAUAUUUAUCCAGCGCUGUAGUUCAUUCAGAGGACAAUGAGAGCGAAAAUGAGCAAGAGCCAAUGCCUCACCCUGCCAAGCGAUCGCGCAACGAACACCGACCAACUUACAGCCGGGAGGAGCGGAGGCCAGAGAUCAAUAGCAAGAAACCCACUGAAGAUCUUCAUCCAUCCUGGAUAGCCAAGCAGCAACAGAAACCAGUUAUAGGGCACUUUAAAGGCAAGAAGAUUAAGUUUGGCGAUGACGGACAAGCAGCAGAGAUUAAACUUCCAGCUGUCGAGCAUCAUUCUGCUCCGGCUUUCGCUCAUACUCCUACUCCCACUUCCAUGGAAGGAAUGCAUCCCUCUUGGAUUGCAAAACAAAAGUGGAAACCAAAAAUUGCCGCCUUCCAGGGAACUAAAAUUAAGUUUGACGAAGAUUAAAAUUCAGCUAAAUGACGUA